AUGAGAAGAAGGCUACAUAAGAAACCAUCUUUGGAAAUUCAGAGAAAUAGAGAAGACACAGAAGAUGAGGGGUCAGAAAGAGGAGGGAAUCAGCCUUUAAGUGCCUUCAGUCAAGGAGGACAGAUUAAUUGUGGUGAGUUCCGUGACCCCAAGGUCUUCUGCACUCGGGAAUCUGACCCACUCUGUGGCUCUGAUGGCCAGACAUAUGGGAAUAAGUGUGCCUUCUGCAAGGCAUUGGAGAAAAGUUCUGGGAAGAUCAACCUGAAGCAUCGUGGGAAAUGCUGA